CCCCAAAUACACGACACACCAAAAACAAAAGCAAAACAAAGAAGACUCUCUCUCUCUCUCUAUCUCUCUUUCUCUCUCCUCAUCCUACGCACACAGAGCACAAGCGUGACCAUGGCUUCCUCCUCCUCCUCAUCUUCUUCCAGGAGUCAACGUCAGGUCCCGAUCCUCCUCCUCCUCGUCACGUGGAUCUCAAUCGCCGCCUCCGUCGCCGCCGCCAGGCCCUGCAAAACCCUGUGGGUUUCCUCCUACUCCUUCUCCCUCCGCCAGCAACCCUCCUCCUCCGGAUCCGUCACCGUCUUCACCGAGAUCAGCCACUUCCGCCCCCUCCUCCCCGCCGACGCCGCCUUCUUCAUCGACGUCGACGACCGCCCCGAACUCUCCCAAUUCCAACUCCAACAGCAACAGCAACAACCACAACCACAACCACAACAGCUUCUUCCUCGGAUUCAGCCUCUCCUGUCCUCCGCCGCCGCCGAUCUCAGCUCCCUCCGCGACCGCACCAAGGACAUCCUCAGCGUCGUCGUCGCCCUCCUCUUUGGCGUCGGCUGCGGCGCCCUCACCGCCGCCACCAUGUACCUCGCCUGGUCCCUCUUCUCCACCCGCAAUGACUACUCCGAAGAAUUCGAAGACGCCGACGAGCUCAGCCCUAAGAAGAUGGGAUACGUCAAGAUUCCCGCCGCCGAUUCCAAACAAAGCGCCGCGGUAUGACCUAAUCAUGAUCAUUAUCGACUAAAACCCUAAUUUGUGUAUUUGGAAGACAGAAAUUUCAAGUGUUUGUAUAUGAAACUGUGAUGGAGAACUGGUCAUUCAGACUUUGUGCUUCUUUGUCGUCGUUUUGUGUGGUUGAUAAUCAUCAUGAUACAUGAUACUAAAGCCAAGUGCCUGUGAUCUGGUCUGUAUUUAUUGGUUACGCUUUUUAUGCGUUUAAAUAUCUGUGUAUGCUUUUAUAAUCUGCUGCUCUUGCAAUGGUUUAUCUCUUUUGUUUGUGUUAUCUCUUGUUAUUUUCUGUAUUAUCAAGUGCUUCCAAUGGAGUUGAAUAGCCCCAAUUUGCUUCUAAA